AUGCCUUUUGGCCUCACCAACGCACCUGCCACAUUCCAGGCCUUGAUGAACUGGAUCUUCAAGCCACACCUCCGCAGGUUUGUGUUGGUAUUUUUCGAUGAUAUUCUAAUCUAUAACAAGACUGAGGAGGAACACCUAGAGCACCUGAGAGUGGUGUUGGGUGUGCUGAGGGAGCAUCAGCUGAAGGCCAACUUCAAGAAGUGUGACUUCGCUCAGGCACGGGUGGAGUACCUGGGGCAUGUGAUAUCCCAGGAGGGAGUUGCUGCAGAUCAGUCCAAGAUAGAGGCAAUGCUGGCAUGGCCUCAACCCAAGACCUUGAAGGGGCUCAGGGGAUUCUUGGGAUUGACAGGCUACUACAGGAGGUUCGUGAGGGGAUACAGUACCAUAGCGUGGCCACUGACAGAGCAGUUGAAGAAGGACAACUUUUUAUGGGGAGAAGCAGCUUCAGAGGCUUUUGAGAAGCUGAAGAAGGCCAUGACGACAGUGCCAGUGCUUACUCUGCCGGAUUUCAACCAG